AUGUUUCGGAUUGCGCCCUCGGCCAUGUCCGACGAGAGGUCAAAGCGAGCCGAACAGGUCUGCGGACGUCCACAUACGACACUGCUCACCACCGACUCUCUUGUUCGACAUCAGCAGCCUCGCAACGCGUCGUUGUGCAUCGUUGCAGCGCCAAGCCACGCUUCGGCCAUUUCUUCAUCAGGCAUGUUUCAGCCGACGUGGUCCCAAGAGGCCCAUGCACAACCGCCGCUCCACCUUCAUACCCAAGAUGGCACACCACAUUCCCAAGAAACGCACGUCCCACACCAGAUCCAAUACGAUCUUUCGCAAAACGCGCAUCACGCGUCAACAUCGGCGAAUCAGCUCUCUGCGUUUGGCGCCUCAAUAUCGGAGGAUCCGCACGCCUUGCCACCAGAUCCAUCCACCUAUCCAUUCUCGUUCCAGCAGCAGCAACAGCAGCAGCAGCAGCCCCACCAAUAUCACUCCCAUCACAAUCCGCAUCAGCCUCACAACGAUCCAGCCUUUCUCCUGCCACAGCAGCACAACCGCUUCCAACAUCAGGCAUCAACCUCCGCCGACUUGUCUGCCGGUCGCCCGGCUUCGAUGCAAUCCGAUGCCUCGCUCUACGUAGAUCAGCACAACAUGGUGGUUGAUGAUUCCAACCCCGAGCUCGCUGGCCAGCACAGCACACCUCAAAAUUCUACCGACUACCUCUCGCAGCACGAUGGCCAAUCGCUCUCUCGGCCACCGACAGGCUCGGAGCAAAGCUGGUCGAGCCAUGUGUCUGCGUCCAACGAAGCUGAUCGGGACGCGGCUUCUGCGACUGUGUCCACCGGUCUCCAAAGGGCGGCUCGCCCAGCAGCGCUCAAGAUCGAUAUGGCUCCGGCUGCGUCGGGCGGAGUGCACGACCUGCCCGGCUCAACCGGUGACGACUCCUUAUCCACCGGUACCGGCAGUGCGGCUACACCACAUGCGCUCCAGACGCGCUUUGCGCCCUUGCCGCAGCUUCAGCCGUCCAUGUACGACGAGCACGCCGUGUUGCAACAGCAAUCCGCCACCACCAUGCACGAUGCCUCCUUGACCGCCGGCUCUGCACUCAUGCCGGCUUUUGGCACCGAGUCGACUUACCUCAGCCAGGACUCGGCCUCGAAAAGCCCCGCUUCCGUGCUUCAAGGCUCAGACCAUGGUCGCAACAGUCCACACAUCAACCAAGCCGAGGCGUUCGUCGGCAUGCCCGGCGUUCCAGAGAGGUUGGGUCCAUCCUCCGCCCACCUUGGCGUGAACGCAUCUCCCAGUUCGCCCCUGAUGUCGCAGUUCAGCGCUGGUCACUACAGUCCCAGCUCCACGCUCUCGGGCGCCUUUUCGUCACGGCCGGGCAGUCGACCCGCCAGUCGCGGACUCAAGUCUGUCGCCAGCUUCACUUCAUCAGCGGGCACUGGAACGGGCACAGGCUCCGGCAGCGAGGCGCAGCUCGGCAGUCGUCCGCGUUCGAGUUCAGGCAGCGGCGCAGCAGUGCGACCCAUAUCGGGCCUGACGAGGACGACAAGCAUGCAGAACGAGAUUCUAUCGUUCCAAAGCGCAUCUCCGCACCUCGGCCUCUCGCAAAGUCGCAGCGUACAGAAUUUAGGACAGAUGCAGAGUCCAGGGAUGCCAGGUCCCCUCUCGAGUCCCCGUCAUUCGGGCGCGGGAGGGAUGGAGCCCUGGAGCCCCACUCACUCGCACAUGGCACAGUCGCAAGGCUUCCGUGGUCCUUACUCAGGUCAUGGCUUUCAGACGCCGCAGAUGCAGCAAUUCAGUCCGACCCUGACGUCUCCAGCUCAGUCGCAAUACUCACCGCAGACGCAUUUUGGUUCGCACUCGUCCAGCAUGACGCCCUUCUUCUCACCCUCGAUCGAGGCUGUUCAGCAGUUCGGGACACCAGGCGGUCACCCCGCAGACGGCUUUGACAUUGCUGGCUUCAGCGAGCAGCGUCUCUCGUCAGCCCUAGCCACUAGCGCCUCGAUCAGCGGUGGUCCGGCUUCGACCGCGCAUCAACGCGAGGGCCACAGCACGCCAACCAUUUUGGAAGAAGAGGAAGAUGCAUCACAGAGCGACGGCCGCGCAAUGGCAUCGAGAUCCGCGCCUACCUUUGAUUCUGGCUUUCCCUCGCAUCAUGCGUUGCAACAGCUGCAGCAUCAGCACACGCAUCCUCAUCAGCUCCAGCAUCAGCAUCCCGUACAUCAGCAACAGCAACCACAACAACACUCGCACUUUCCAUCGGGUCAAAUCCCGCCGGUCUUGCAGCGCUCGCGAUCUGAUCAGAUCCACAGUCUGCCUUUGGAUGCAUCAUCCACAUUCCGCAACAACCAGAUGUCGUAUCCGCCACACAUGCGACCCAGCCUGUACCAGCAAGUCUCGAUGGCCGAGAUGAAUCAGCUGCGUCAGGUUCACGGUUUGGGCGUUGCCGAGCGCAACUUUGGCGAUUGCUCCGCCUUCAUCGAAGAUUAUGUCCGUCAGUACAUCUCGACACCAAGCCGACUCGGUCUCGGCGAGCGGAACGUGCUCAUCAUGACGACCAGAGUCGCGCAAAAGAGCUAUGGCGCCGAGAAGCGCUUCCUAUGCCCGCCGCCUCUGGUCAUCCUCAUCGGAAGCAGCUGGUGGAACGCGUGCCCGGCCUCGACACGUCCUUCUCCGUUCGCGCCCCCCGGCGCCGUCGAUCCGGACCAGGCGGCACCGACGGUGCUCUCACCGCCUCGCGUCACCAUCAACAUCAGCGGCGAACCUGGCAUCCAAGACGGCGCGCUCGAAUGGGCUUCCAGCAGCGGGCGUUUGAUCGAUGUAGGCAACCCAUCGUCCGAGAUGGCCAUCUCGGGUCGGUGCAUCGGCAAGCAGCUCUACAUCUCCGACGUGGACGAAAAACGACGCCACGUCGAGGCCCUCGUCGCCAUUUCCGUGCCAGGGUCUUCGCCCAUGGACCGGCGUCUGCUUGGAACGUUCCCCAGCCGGCCCAUCAAGGUCAUCAGCAAGCCGAGCAAGAAGCGUCAAUCGUCACGCAACACGGAACUCUGCGUCAAUCACGGCUCGGUUAUCUCGCUGUUCCAUCGACUUCGAUCCCAAACCGUGUCGACGCGCUACCUGUGCGUGUCGGGUGCACCUUCGUGGUUCAAGGGCUCAGACAAUCAGCCUUUCCUCAACAUGAAUCCGCGUGACCAGAAGGGCCAGGAGCCACCGAGUUGCUUUGUCGCUAAGAUGUCAAGCUGGGAUCCUUUCAUCAUCUACCUGGUCGAUCCAAAAAAGCGCGCCGACGCGACGCCGUCCGAGCCUUUGCAGCCUCCUGUCAAGGGCUAUCCUCCGCCGCCUCCGAACGCUCUGCCCACCACUGGCAUGACCAGCUCACAGAUGACAAUACACUAUAACCAACCGAUCGUGCUGCAGUGUCUCAACACUGCUGUCGUUAGUCCGGUCAUGGUGGUCCGGAAGGUGGAAAAGGGAACGACGGUGCUGGGCGGUGCUUCGGCCGGGCCGGCAGAGUCGAUCGCGCGCGAAGCUUUUGGCGAUCCCGUUUCGCAGCUUCACAAGAUUGCCCUCGAAGUGCUCGAAGAUUCGCCAGCGUCGGCGCCGCGGUCCUCGGGCGAGGCGAGCGAGAGCGCUUCUCCCGGCAAUAGCGGUCCGUUCCUGGCCUGCCUGAACGAGUCUGUCGGCAUGCACAGGCCGAGCGAGCCCAGGAGAUGGACGGCCAACAGCAGCUUCAGCGUACCUUCGACGCCGACAACUCCCGUCACAUCGAUGAACCUGGCUGCUAUGGAGGGCAUGGAAUCUUCGGGCAGCUAUCUGCCGAUGAGCCCGACGAGCGCUGCGGAGUAUGCAGCAGCGCAGACCCGCUACUCUCUCAGCACCGGUAGAGCAGGUGGCACGCUGAUGUCUCCCUCGGCCUCGACGUCUUCGCACGACGUCUCUGCGAUGGAACCGCCGCCCUCUUCGGAUGGAGGUAAGGUCAAGCGACCACGUCGAGUGUCGUCCUCGGUGGUGGUGCAAAAGGAAAGAGCCGCUGCUGCCGCUGCCGCCAGCAAGAAUCGCCGACGUGGUCAGUCGCUUUCGAUUGUGGGCAUACAAAACCAGGGCCUAUCAGACGUCGAGGUGAUGCGUCGCACCGGGUCCUACGCCACCUCGAUGGCCUCUGAUUCGUCAGCAGCAGGCAGCACGGCGCCUGGCGCCAUGUGGUCCGUCGAGGUGGCCGACUCGGACAUCUGGACAGUGGUGGGUACCGACAUCGCGCGCCAUUCGUUCUACGUGCCCCCGCAGAUCGUCGGUGGCUCUCAGCCUCAGACCAACAUCACCGACGGCAACAUUGCACAUUUGAUCACGGUGCCUGCUCCAGCGCAACCGAUCACGCCGAUCCCCGUGAUCACCAACGUGGUUGCGCCGCAGCGAGACACCAGAGCGCAGCCGAUGCAAGCGCCAGCGGGCGAUCAGAGACCAGGUCUUGUCACCAUCCUCGGCGAAAACUUCCACCCGAACCUGUUCGUAUUUUUCGGCGACUGGAAGAGUACGCACGUCGAGGUAAGGACACGUCAAACGAUCGUAUGCGCCGCCCCGCCCAGCUUCGACCAGGGCCUUCCACGUGGUCGGGUUCCGAUCCUGAUUGUGCGGCACGACGGCGUCAUCUUCCCAACCGACUAUCAUUAUCAAUGUUGA